AUGUCAGAAACCGGGAAAAUUCUCAAGAUUUUCUUCGAAAUCAAGUCCAAUUAUCCAACUGCUGUCGGAAGUUACCAGAGCUCGAACCGGAACUACCCCGAGGCGGAAAAAUUCCAGCAGAUCCCCGGGUUGGACUUGGGCAGUGGGAAAAUGACAGUGUCCAAGUCUGGGAGAUGGAAGAAAAAGGAGAGACGACGUCUGGGGAUUUGGGAAGAAGAGCAACAGCAGACGAACCCAACAUCGGGGGUUGCAUUGGACAGGAAUGCUACUGGCCAUGCUGGUGCUGAUUCUUCCCAACAGAAAAAGGAGAGACGACGUCUGGGGAUUUGGGAAGAAGAGCAACAGCAGACGAACCCAACAUCGGGGGUUGCAUUGGACAGGAAUGCUACUGGCCAUGCUGGUGCUGAUUCUUCCCAACAGGACCAAGGGUAUCUGACUCAUCACCAGCAAGGGAAUUUGAUAUUCAAAGAACUGGGCAGACGCAAGGCCCCACAUCCACCAUCAUCCUUUGCAACCCGAAUUUAUCGCGAAGAGGAACAACGAAGGAGUCUUGAAGUUCAACAACAACAACAUCAUCAUCACCAGCAACAACGUCUUCCAGAUGUUGUUCGACCUGCAGCAGCCAUGCAACACACUCAUCAUAAUCCAGAUUACCCAGCAAUGGAUGAUGCUGAUAUUGCAGGAUUCAUGGACGAAUUCGAUGCCACGCUGCAAGUGUACGAAAAUGAAUCAGGAAGUAAUAAUGAAACCCAUGGGAACCCAACUGAACCCAUCAGUGGGAACAGAAGCAGGGAUUAUUCAAGAACUGCUGCUGCUGCUGGUGACCAGCAAAUUAGCAGGGAUACACCCAUCAGCAACACCCCAAAGCCAAAACCCAGGCCGCAACCCCGCAGAACCUGAGCAUUGAAUGCAUUCCCUGGCUAUAAUAAAUGCAUUAUAGUUAUACUUAUUGUUGAAUUAAAAAAAGUGAUUUGUCUUGAAAGUAGGACUGGGUUCUUAUAAAUAGCUACGUUUUCUG